AUUUGUUCUACCGAUUCAUUAGAUUGAUUCUACCCAUAUAUUAGGUUUUGGUUUCUAUCCUCGUGAGAGUUUGAAGUUAUGAAUUUUGGUCUUUAGUUGAUUUGUUGGUAGAGAUUAAUGCGAUGAUGCAGUAGACACAGAAUUGCAAUGACCAUCAACUACAUCAAAUUCAAUUCUAUCUCAGGACUACAACAGAUCGAAAGACCCCUCAUAGAAGGUUGUAUCAAACAACAAUGUGGAAGAGGAUAUUCAGAAUUGUCAGAUCUCAUACAAAUGAUCGUAGUUUUGUUAAUUUUGAAUUAUAUUUGGUUAAAGUUGCUAUGUACUUGCUAAUUUCUAUCUUUGAUGUAGAUUUUAUAGACUUUUUAUUAAUGAAUCCGGUAUUAUUAUAAAAAAGAAAAAAGUAUCAUCACUUAAAAAAAAAGUGAUGGGUAAUAAUAUACAAAAGUAAGUAUGAAAAUGGAGCAAGUGAGGGGGAAGAGAAGUAUAUAUCCGUUACUACAGAUUACAUGAACUGUUGAUAAGUCUUCUUUUUUCUACUCUCCAUAUCUUCCACUUCUCUCAUUCAAAAUCAUGGGUUCCGACAAGAUCAAGAUUGGAAUUAAUGGCUUUGGAAGAAUUGGUAGAUUGGUGGCAAGGAUUGCUCUUCAAAGGGAUGAUGUUGAGCUUCUUGCUGUUAAUGAUCCUUUUAUUUCUACUGAUUACAUGACUUACAUGUUCAAGUAUGAUAGUGUCCAUGGACAAUGGAAGCACCAUGAAGUGAAGGUCAAGGAUUCGAAGACCCUUCUUUUUGGUAAUAAGCCUGUUGCUGUGUUUGCCUUAAGUAAUCCUGAGGAGAUCCCAUGGGGUGAAACUGGAGCCGAAUUUGUUGUGGAAUCUUCUGGUCUUUUCACUGACAAAGACAAAGCUGCUGCUCACUUGAAGGGAGGAGCAAAGAAAGUGGUAAUUUCUGCACCAAGCAAAGAUGCGCCUAUGUUUGUUAUUGGUGUUAAUGAGAAGGAAUACAAACCUGAAAUGGACAUUGUUUCUAAUGCUGGCUGCACUACCAACGGCCUUGCUCCCCUGGCUAAGGUUAUUAAUGACAGAUUUGGCAUCGUUGAGGGACUUAUGACUACUGUCCACUCCUACACUGCUUCACAAAAAACUGUUGAUGGGCCGUCUAGAAAAAACUGGAGGAGUGGGAGAGUUGCCUCCUUCAACAUUAUCCCGAGCAGUACCGGAGCUGCUAAGGCUGUAGGAAAGAUGCUUCACUCCUUAAACGGAAAGCUAACCGGAUUGGCAUUCCGCGUUCCAAUUGUUAAUGUAUGUGUUGUUGAUCUUACUGUUAAGCUCAAGAAGGAUGCUUCUUAUGAUGAAAUCAAAGCUGCUAUCAAAGAGGAAUCUGAAGGCAAUCUCAAAGGCAUCCUAGGCUACACAGAAGAUGAUGUUGUAUCAUCAGAUUUUCUUGGUGACAGCAGGUCAAGCAUAUUUGAUGCAAAAGCUGGAAUUGCUUUGAACAAAAACUUCGUAAAGUUGGUUUCUUGGUAUGAUAACGAAUGGGGAUACAGCUCUAGGGUGAUUGACUUGAUUGUGUACAUGGCUUCUGUUCAAGCUUGAUCGCACUUAACGAAACGAGUUCGGAAUCUGUGUAGUUUCCCAUUUAUGUUGUUUAAAAGCUCAGUGUUUGUAUGAAAUGCAAAAUAAACUUGGAGAUGGUUUUUCCCCAUUCCCCAAAUAGAUGUGAAUUGUCUAGUUCCAAGAUCUUACAUAUGUUCCAAUGGAGGUUUAUGGAGUGUCACAUAUGUCGAGUAGAAUGUUUGAGGUUCGACUCCUAUCAGGCGCAGGUAUCAGCUGGGGGGUUUCUUGACUACACACAUCCCUCUUUACUCCCUCCUUGAGGGUAUCGGGUAUAAUUUGUCUGCCUCUUUCAGGAAAAAGAAAAUCUCCUAUUCGAACUUUGCCUUGUGCUGAGUACUAAAAAUCGUCCUUUUUAUCAUCCCUCUAUAGCUCAAUUUCAUACUUUGUCUCCACAUUUUUAUCCAUCUCUUGUUAAUUGAUUCUACUCGUAUUGCAUGAUGUAUUAAGUCAGAGGUAAAUGUGGCACGUGAUGACAACCGGGGAAGUAGAGAUAGGAAUCCGAAAAUGGAGAUCCAAGACGAGACGAAAAUUUGUUAAUUGAUGAUAUCUAUUCAAUCAGCUUAAAACUCACAAAAGAGAGGAAACCAAAAAAAAAAAAAAAACAACUUUCCAAACCGUUUUUUGUUUUCAUUCAUACUUGUCAUUUUAUUGAAGAUGGUAAAUGUAAGUUCACCAAAAAAGAAUUUGAUUACUAAUUAGUGAUUCCUCUAUUACAUUAUGGAAUCAUGAGCUUCCAGAAAA